GGGAGCUGUGUGUGUGUGGUGUGAGAGUGUGUGUGUGUGUGUGUGUGGAAAAAAGGAAGCAGAGCCUGUUAACGGAGAACUCGCUGGUUUCCUACCGCUCGGAACAAGCGCCGUGCUACUUUUUUCAUGUGGACGCUAUCAUCGACGGCGACAACAGCGCGGCCGAAGGCGGCAGGAGCGGCUCCGAGGGCGGCCGAGCGAGCGUUGCGGCGCCCGUUUCCUCGGUUAUUUCGGACGUGAGCAGUCUAUCAGUGAAGUGAAGCCGUCUUUUGUUGAAGCAAGUAGUACUACUCGCCUGCGUGAGCCCCCCUCGUCCCCCGUGCGGGCUGCGUUUUUCUUUUUUUUUCUUUUUUUUUUUUUUUUAAACACGGGAUUUUUAAAAACACACAAAGUGUCCAGCUUCCCCUGGUCUCCUCUCGCCGGUUCUUGGAUUUUUACCACAUUCCGCGCGUCAAGGAUCGUGCUUGUUUGUUGUUGUUGUUGUUUUUUUGUUUGUUUGUUUUUUUUCAACUUGUUUGCAGCGGUCUUUGGGACUCCCAAGAAUCAGCAGACUGGCGGGUUUCCUGAAACACUGGGGUUGUUGGAGUGGCCGAAUUUUCCCUGGAUUUGACUGGUAAAUUCAGAAUUCUGAAGCCCAGGCUCACAGUCUACCUUUCACGGAGGCCCAGCCGUGAGAGGACUGAGGAAGGCACGUGGCGGAUCAUGACGGCCGACAAAGAGAAGGAACGGGAGAAAGAGAGGGACAGAGACAGAGACAGGGACCGGGACAAAAGAGAGGCCGGGAAAUCUCGCCGGCAGGACGGAGACCGGGGCGAGAGCGAGAGCUCCAGGCCGCGCCGCAGCUGCACGCUGGAGGGCGGGGCCAAGAACUAUGCAGAAAGCGAGCACAGCGAAGACGAGGACAACGACAACGGCAGCACCGGCGGCGGAAGUGGCACGGCCGAGGAGGCCGGCAAGAAGGGCAAGAAGAAGAUGCCCAAGAAGAAGUCGCGCUACGAGCGCACAGAAAAUGGAGAGAUUACGUCCUUCAUUACAGAAGACGACGUUGUUUACAGACCCGGAGAUUGUGUGUACAUCGAGAGUCGGCGACCCAAUACUCCGUACUUUAUUUGUAGCAUUCAGGAUUUCAAGCUGAGUAAACGGGACCAUCUGCUGAUGAAUGUGAAAUGGUACUACCGCCAGUCGGAGGUGCCCGACUCCGUGUACCAGCACCUGGUGCAGGAUCGCAACAAUGAGAACGAUUCUGGUCGCGAGCUGGUCAUCACAGACCCGGUGGUCAGGAGUCGAGAGCUCUUCAUCUCCGACUACGUGGACACAUAUCAUGCUGCUGCUCUCAGGGGGAAAUGCAACAUUUCCCAUUUCUCUGACAUUUUUGCUGCCCGGGAGUUCAAAGCCCGGAUCGACUCCUUUUUCUACAUCCUGGGAUACAACCCAGAGACCAGGCGACUGAACAGCACACAGGGGGAAAUCCGAGUGGGACCGAGUCACCAGGCCAAGCUCCCAGAGCUGCAGCCUUUCCCCUCCCCUGGUGGCCAGGCCGUGACCGAGAAUGAGGAGCUGGUCUGGAUGCCAGGGGUCAACGACUGUGACCUUCUUAUGUACCUCAGAGCUGCAAGGAGCAUGGCUGCCUUUGCAGGGAUGUGUGACGGAGGAUCGACAGAAGAUGGCUGUCUAGCCGCCUCUCGAGACGACACUACCUUAAACGCACUUAACACUCUUCACGAGAGCAGCUACGAUGCAGGCAAGGCUCUGCAGCGUCUGGUGAAGAAGCCGGUACCUAAACUGAUAGAGAAGUGCUGGUCUGAGGAUGAAGUGAAGCGCUUCAUUAAAGGGCUGAGACAGUUUGGCAAAAACUUCUUCAGGAUCCGAAAAGAGCUGCUGCCCAACAAAGAAACGGGGGACUUGAUUACUUUCUACUAUUAUUGGAAGAAGACACCGGAGGCAGCCAGCUGCCGAGCCCACAGGAGACACCGCCGCCAGCCUGUCUUCCGCCGCAUCAAAACACGAACUGCUUCAACUCCUGUCAACACCCCCUCACGCCCACCCUCAAGCGAGUUCUUGGACCUGAGCUCCGCCAGCGAAGAUGACUUUGACAGUGAAGACAGCGAACAGGAGCUGAAGGGCUACGCCUGCCGCCACUGCUUCACCACCACCUCCAAGGACUGGCACCACGGGGGCCGGGAGAACAUCUUGCUGUGCACCGACUGCCGCAUCCACUUCAAGAAGUACGGGGAGCUGCCCCCCAUCGAGAAGCCCGUGGACCCGCCACCAUUUAUGUUCAAACCCGUCAAAGAGGAAGAGGAUGGCCUCGGCGGGAAGCAUAGCAUGAGGACUCGACGGAACCGAGGCUCGAUGUCAACGCUACGCAGUGGUCGUAAGAAGCAGACAGUCAGUCCUGAUGGCCGAGCCUCGCCUACCAACGAGGAUCUGCGCUCCAGCGGCCGCACUUCGCCUAGCGCAGCAAGUACUGACAGCACCGACAGCAAGACAGACUCCAUGAAAAAGACGAGCAAGAAGAUUAAAGAGGAAGCGCCGUCACCUAUUAAGAGCGCCAAACGGCAACGAGAGAAGGGAGCUUCGGACACAGAGGAACCUGAAAGGGCCAAAAAGUCCAAGACACAGGAGCUCACCCGGCCGGAUUCGCCCUCUGAAUGUGACGGGGAGGGAGAAGGGGAGGGCGAGAGCUCCGAUGGGCGGAGCAUCAACGAGGAGCUCAGCAGCGAUCCGAAAGACAUUGACCAGGACAACCGGAGCUCCUCCCCCAGCAUCCCCAGUCCCCGUGACAAUGAGAGCGACUCGGACUCCUCGGCCCAGCAGCAGCAGCUCCUGCAGAGCCAGCAUCCGCCGGUCAUCCAGUGUCAACCGGGCUCCUCAGUUGCCUCCUCAGCACCUGUUCCUCCCACCGCCUCAGCCCCCUCUCUGCCUCCGCAGGUGGCGCCUACUGCCGCCUCCACCUCUCUACCUCCUCAGCCGCUGCCCCAGACCAACCCGAUGUCUCUCAUCCAGGCCGGGGCGUCGCUUCACCCUCAGAGGCUACCUUCUCCUCAUUCGCCUCUGACUCAGGCUCCGCCCCCUGGCCCGCCUCCUUCAUUACCCAGCCCCCAUCAUGGCCCCAUGCCCCCCAUGCCACAUCCACUACAGCCAGGACCUCCUCUUCUGCCACAUCCUCACGCCAUGACCCCUCAGGGAUUCCCUGUGGCUGCCUCUCAGGUCCCGCCCCCGCCCAUUUCUGGCCAAUCACAGCAGAGGUCUCACAGUCCUCAGCCUUCCUCUCAGAGCGGAGGCCAGCCUCCCAGAGAGCAACCUCUGCCCCCUGCAUCCAUGCCCAUGCCUCACAUCAAGCCCCCUCCCACUACCCCCAUCCCCCAGAUGCCCACCCCACAGUCUCACAAACACCCCCCUCACGGCUCUGUCCCUCCGUUCCCUCAGAUGCCUUCAAACCUGCCCCCUCCUCCUGCCCUGAAGCCCCUCAGCUCUUUAUCCAACCACCACCCUCCAUCAGCACACCCCCCGCCCCUCCAGCUGAUGUCUGGGGGGCAGCAGCUCCAGCCUCCACCAGCCCAGCCUCCGGUUCUCACCCAGUCCCAGAGUCUACCGCCGUCAGCCAGCCACCAGCCUCCCCCGCCGCCGCCUCUGCCCCCUCCGUCAGUGGCUUCACAUCCCGGCGGGGCGCCACAACAGCCCCCGUUCUCCUCACAUCCUUUCAGCACAGCUCUACCUCCAAGCGGCCCACCACCUUCCUCAUCGAACUCUAUGCCUGGCUUACAGCCGCCCUCUUCUUCUUCCGCCCCGACCUCUUCCAUCUCCAUGCCACUCCCUGCCUCGGUCAGCUGCGCUCCGCCCUCCCAGGCGGUCCCGCCUGUACACAUCAAAGAGGAGCCGCCGGAUGAGUCUGAGGAGCCAGAGAGCCCGCCUCCCCCGCAGAGAAGCCCCUCCCCAGAGCCCACUGUUGUCAAUACGCCCAGCCACGCCAGCCAGUCAGCACGGUUCUACAAGUACCUGGACCGAGGUUAUAACUCGUGCGCUCGGACAGAUUUCUACUUCACUCCGCUGGCCUCGUCUAAGCUGGCCAAGAAGAGAGAGGAAGCUCUGGAGAAAGCGAAGCGAGAAGCGGAGCAGAAAGCGAGGGAAGAGAAGGAAAGGGAAAAGGAAAAAGAACGAGAGAGAGAGCGUGAGCGGGAGAAGGAGGUGGAGCGUGCAGCGAAAGCUUCCAGUUCUGCUCAUGAGAGCAGAAUGGGGGAGCCCCAGAUGGCCGGCCCCACCCACAUGCGGCCACCGUUCGACGGCCCCCCGACUACGAUCGCAGCGGUGCCUCCAUACAUCGGCCCCGACACUCCUGCGCUGCGCACCCUCAGCGAGUACGCCAGACCCCACGUCAUGUCGCCCACCAACAGAAACCACCCAUUCUUCGUCUCGCUCAACCCCGCCGACCCGCUGCUGGCCUACCACAUGCCCGGCCUGUACAACGCCGACCCCGCCAUGCGGGAGCGGGAGCUGCGGGAGCGGGAAAUGCGGGAGAGGGAGAUCCGCGAGCGCGAGCUGAGGGAAAGGAUGAAACCGGGCUUCGAAGUCAAACCCCCGGAAAUGGACUCGCUGCACCCUUCCACAAACCCCAUGGAGCACUUCGCCCGGCACGGGGCCCUCACCCUGCCCCCCAUGGCCGGCCCUCACCCGUUCGCCUCCUUCCAUCCGGGCCUGAACCCGUUGGAGCGUGAGCGGCUCGGCCUCCCGGGGCCCCAGCUGCGGCCGGACAUGACUUACCCAGAGAGGCUGGCAGCAGAGAGGCUUCAUGCGGAGCGGAUGGCCACGGUGGCCAACGACCCCAUCGCCCGCCUGCAGAUGUUCAACGUCACGCCGCACCACCACCAGCACUCGCACAUCCACUCCCACCUCCACCUCCAUCAGCAGGACCCUCUCCACCAAGGUGGUGGUGAAUGUCUUGUCUGUCCUCCAGGCUCGGGGGCCCACCCUCUGGCCGUCGACCCGCUGGCAGCCGGACCUCACCUGGCGCGCUUCCCCUACCCGCCCGGCGCCAUCCCCAACCCUCUCCUGGGCCAGCCGCCGCACGAACACGAGAUGCUGCGCCACCCGGUCUUCGGUGCUCCGUACCCACGGGACCUACCAGGGGGUCUUCCGCCGCAGAUGUCCGCAGCCCACCAGCUGCAGGCCAUGCACGCCAUGCAGAGUAGCGGCCAUGCAGAGCUGCAGCGGCUGGCGAUGGAGCAGCAGUGGCUCCACGGCCACCAUCACAUGCACGGCGGGCCACUUCCUGGUCAGGAGGACUACUACAGCCGACUGAAGAAGGAGAGCGACAAGCAGCUGUAACCAACCGGAGGGAGGCGGCGACUGACGAGUGCAGGACACAGGAAGUUGUCACAAAAGCAGCGGUCUUGGAGGCUCCUUACGAACCUCGGAACACCUUCAGUCUUGAAGAACAGGAACAGGCCGAGCUGAUCUUUUGAGUUUCUUCAGUUUCUGUUCCCGUUGAGGACCUUUGAUUUUCUUUUUUUUUUAUUAUUAUUAUUAUUAUUAUUAUUAUUAUUAUUAUUAUUAUUUUAUUUUUCAAGACAUUGACUUUCUUUGGUAUAUAACCAGUAGUGACAACAUCCUCAAGACUCCUGCAUGACAAGCUUCCCUGAUGUUUUGUAGGUGCUAGAACAAGACACUGUGCUUAUCAAGAAAAAAGAACGGAGAAAAAAAAAUAAAGACCUGUCAGACCAUUUAUGAAAAAAUAACAAGUGCUAUCUUAAAUUCAACCUUUAUUUUAAUACAUUGUUGGAGGUUUUUCAUAAUUUUAAGAAAAGCUACAGCAUGGCGUUUUUCAGUCUGUAAAUAGUAUAUAUAAACAUAUAAUUAUAAUUAUUAUUAUUACUAGGUGUGGACUCCAAGUCGUUUCAGCCUCCAAUAUAACUUGUUUUGAAGCAUUAUCCCUUGUUUCAGAGGGGAGCACCAUGGCAUUAUACGAGCAGUUUCUGAGAGUUGCGGUUCGGUUGUGACCUCACUGUGUUAGAUUUAGUCCCACAUACGCUUGUUGUAUGUAAACCAUAAUCCCCCCACCCCCGUUACGCACGCCUCCGCAUCCACCCGCCCACACAUCCAUCCAUCCAUCCAUCUAUCCAUCCAUCGGCUGUAACGCGCAGCGGGGUUGUCAGAGUUGGCGUGUUGAGUUACUGAUCUGAAACACUUGAAGAGGCGACGGACGGGAAAAGGAGAACUUUGCACUGAGUGAGCAUCCUGGAGCUCGGCUAAGAUGGUCUCAUCCUUUUUAAUUUGUGUCAUCAGCAGGAGGGAGCGGUACACCAUCGCCGUGUGUAGUGGAGCGGUUUUAAUUUCAACCACAUGGACCAAUUUCAGGCCAAAUAAAGAGGCGCCUUCUCUGUUUGUUUGAGUUUUUUGUUUCAAAUCGAGCAGGAUUUGAAUUUUGCUCAAUCUCAGAGCCUAGGAGGACUUUUUUAACCUUCAAACAGUAGCGCAAGACCCGCUGCACACGGAAUAUGAGGAAACCACUUGCAUAGGAUCUGUCUGACAGCAUGAAGUAGGCCAAAAGACGUCAAAAAGCAACACAUGAGCUGAAGAAGUUCAGGACCUGCCUGGAGUCCCUUUGUGCCGCCUCCUGGGUUUCUGCUGACCAGCAGGAGGCGAAGGGACCGUUCUGUUCACGUUCUCAUUGUAUGCCUUGUUUUUAUGUUUUUUAAAGACGCGCCCAGCUUCCUGCAGCUCGGGAGUCGUGUGUUUGUGUGCCACUGACUGUUACCUGUCGUAUCGGUGCACAAGCCCAUGUUUUUGUUCGUUCUGCUAUUUUCCCGUGCACUAAGACUGUUUGUCAUGGACAUGUUAACGAAAAAACAUCUGUGGCUUUUUCUUAUGUUUUUUUUUUUUUUUUUUUUUUUUAGUCUAGCCAGUUGAAGAGACUGCACCCCAUUUUCCCAUGGAGCACUAUAUUUUUAUCUUAACAGCGGCAAAAUUCAAACUUAUCAAAAAAGGACUUUGACGCUGAAGACUGCCUGUCGCUUCAUCUCACCGUUUCCCAUCACUCCUCGUCUCUCUCUCUCUCUCUCUCUCUCUCCUCAUCAUCAUCAUCGUCAUCCUCUCGCCUCGCCUUUUGAUUCCCUCUUUUUUGUGUCUCCGAAGCCUUUGAUGUUAAGUGUUGUCAAUGGUUUAGCUUCUUGUUUCAAAGCGGCAAUAGCAGAAUGUAAAUUCUGACUGCUAAGAUUUAUAUAUAUACUGGUAUCUUGAAGCUUAUUGUAUAUACGAGUAGUCGCCAUGGGAUGACACAAUGUAAAACAAAAAGUAGAAAUAAUAAGAAAAAUUGUGAGUCCUGUGUUCUCUCUCUCCAUUUGAGUAUUUUGUAAUUUUUUUGAAAAAUUUGUGGAAUGAAAUAAACGAAUGAGUUACACCACA